CCGGGCGCGCGCUCCCAGUCAAAGCCCAGCCUCCCGCCCCUCACCCCCAACCCUCCAAGGGGCCGCCAACCAAGCCACCUCACGAGCUGCGGACAGCGGCCCCGACCCGAGAGGGAGAGAGCGACAGACAUGGCGGCGGCCAAGCCCGAGAACCUCUCCCUGGUGGUGCACGGACCCGGAGACUUGCGCUUGGAAAACUAUCCUAUCCCUGAACCAGGCCCAAACGAGGUGCUUCUGAAGAUGCAUUCUGUUGGAAUUUGUGGCUCAGAUGUCCAUUACUGGCAGCAUGGUCGAAUUGGAGAUUUUGUUGUGAAAAAGCCAAUGGUGCUGGGGCAUGAAGCUUCAGGAACAGUUGUAAAAGUGGGAUCAUUGGUCAGGCACCUACAACCAGGGGAAGGCAACUGGAACAGACAAUUAAUCAAAAUUGUGUUGAGGGCAGCAGAGGAGAAUACAGGGUGCGAUCAGUGUAUACUACUCUCCAGAACCCUGGCUCAGCUGAGGAAGAGACAAUUAAUUCAACACCCGAAGACAAGUGAUCGUGUUGCCAUCGAGCCUGGUGCUCCUCGAGAAACUGAUGAGUUCUGCAAGAUUGGCCGAUACAAUCUGUCACCUACCAUCUUCUUCUGCGCCACGCCCCCCGAUGAUGGGAACCUCUGCCGGUUCUACAAGCACAAUGCUAACUUCUGCUACAAGCUUCCUGACAAUGUCACCUUUGAGGAAGGGGCCCUGAUCGAGCCACUGUCUGUGGGGAUCCAUGCCUGCCGGCGAGCUGGAGUCACCCUGGGGAACAAGGUCUUUGUGUGUGGAGCUGGGCCAAUUGGACUGGUCAGUUUGCUUGCAGCCAAGGCAAUGGGUGCAGCUCAAGUGGUGGUGACUGAUCUGUCAGCCUCUCGGUUGUCUAAAGCCAAGGAAGUCGGGGCUGAUUUCAUCCUCCAGAUCUCCAACGAGAGCCCUCAGGAAAUAGCCAAGAAAGUGGAAGGCCUGCUGGGCAGCAAGCCAGAAGUCACAAUUGAGUGCACAGGGGUGGAGACCUCCAUCCAGGCCGGCAUCUACGCUACUCAUUCUGGUGGGACCCUGGUGCUGGUGGGGCUGGGCUCUGAGAUGACCAGCGUGCCCCUUGUGCACGCAGCCACCAGGGAGGUGGACAUCAAGGGCGUGUUUCGAUACUGCAAUACAUGGCCGAUGGCGAUUUCAAUGCUUGCAUCCAAGUCUGUGAAUGUAAAGCCCUUGGUCACCCAUCGGUUUCCUCUGGAGAAAGCUCUGGAGGCCUUUGAAACAUCCAAAAAGGGUUUGGGGUUGAAAGUCAUGAUCAAGUGUGACCCCAACGACCAGAAUCCAUGAUGUGACUUGAGCUCUGUCGUUGUCCCCACUCUCAGCAUGUUGGGGUUCAAUGGUUGACUGGGAAUGGUGGAAGUUUCUUUUGAGUAGUUAGAAUAAUUAAAAUAAUUCAUUGUAAGCAGAGAGCCUUACGCUGGGGAGUUGUUGUGCCUUAAAAACACAAGUAAGGAGAAUUUGGGGGAACUUGUAGUCAGGAUGACCUGUUUAUGCUGAUCAAAGUUCAAGUAGAGCAGAGCUUGGCAGGCAAGUGCUGGGAACUCCCCUUCUUCCUGGAGUGCCUGGAAGUUGAAUAAGGAAAGAAAUCUGCCUAUUGAAUUCCUGCUUCUAGUGUGACUGUGGCCAGAUGGGAGAUGGUAGCUCAGGUAAGAAGAGACCAUUUACAACUUUAUCAAGACUUAAGUGGUCCAGAACCUGAUUUUCACAAAAAUCUGCAGCUCCGGGUUGAGGGUAAAAGGUUGUGAACAAUUUUACUUCAGAACACAGUGCCUCUCCCUCGAAACAAGGGCUAUUUGGUUUGAUGACAAAAGGAGAAUAAGGGACUCACUUUCCUGGAUCUAGGACAUAUAAAAAUCAAACAAAUAAAACUGAAAUCUCAUAUGAAAUCAAA